CCGCCGCCGCCGCUCCCGUCUCCGAUCCAUCCUCCUCGUCUUCCUCGGCGGCGUUGACGUGCCCGCCCGCCUGCCGCAUUCUUGUUUGGGCGGGGCCAGGUUUCUCGGGUUCGUCGUGACCUACCCGGGGCGUGGAGCGGGGGGGAAGCCAGGAUCGCGGGAUCUACCCCGGGGAGCCGAGGAUUGGAUUGGAGGAGCGUCUGCCCUGAUCACGGCGGAUUUUAUGGGUGAAGAGGCUCCGGAGUUUCGCGUCGAGAGAGUCACCUUGGAAUCCAAGGACGGCCUACGGAAUGCCAUAGAUAUAGGCGAUAAGACGUAUGUUAUUGGCAGAUCAGAUGAUAACCCCAAGUCAUCCAUUACCAUCAGAGUUUUGGACAAACUAACACAGACAUGGGUUGUACCUACAGCACUUGGGGUACCUCCGACUCCAACUAAUUCACGCUCAGAAAUUCUUGUAAACAAUGACAAAAUACUUAUUAUUGAGAAAGGUGUUCCCUUGAAUGAUUCUAUCUGGUUCCUUGAGGUAGGCACUCCUUUUGUCAAACAACAGAGUAAAAUUAAGGGAACAGAAGUUGUUGCAUGGAGCAAGGGAGUAAUUGGUGAGGGCCAAAAACCAGUUGUGAUUAGCGGGCCUUCUGGUGUUGGUAAAGGUACAUUAAUUGCAAAAUUAAUGAAAGAAUAUCCUUCGAAGUUUGGAUUUUCUGUUAGCCACACCACAAGAGCUCCAAGGGAGAAAGAAAUAGAUGGAGUCCACUACCACUUCACAGAACGAAGCAAGAUAGAGGAAGAGAUAAGUGAGGGCAAAUUUCUUGAGUUUGCUCAUGUUCAUGGAAAUGUCUAUGGCACCAGCAUUGAAGCAGUUGAAUCUGUUACUGAUGAGGGGAAGAGGUGUAUUCUCGACAUUGAUGUCCAAGGAGCUCGUUCUGUGAGGGCUUCUUCUCUUGAAGCAAUAUUCAUCUUUGUAUGCCCUCCAUCGUUCGAGGAACUAGAGAAGCGCCUUCGGGCACGGGGAACUGAAACAGAGGAGCAAAUCCAGAAGCGACUGAGAAAUGCUCGUGCAGAGCUUGACCAGUCCAAUUCACCAGGUCUUUUUGAUCACCUUUUGGUGAAUGAUGAUCUUGAAACUUGUUAUGAAAAUUUAAAGAAGUUGCUUUCUUUGGAUGAUGACCAUGAAGAUUCAAAUGAUUCUUUCAUCAAGGAUGGGAAAGCCACUGCAUGUUAUUCAAUUCUGUCCAAAACAAACUCAGAAAUUUUGUUACAAUCUGAGACUAAUGAAGCAGAGAAAGGAACUACUAACUUGCUAUCGCUCGAUUUGUCAUCUGUCUCAGGAGGUGCUCCUGGACGAACAAGGGGCCUUAAGAUAUCUUCAGUUAACUAGAUGACCCAAAACAUUGUUGCUGAUGGCAUUGCGGAAGCACUGACGAGAACUUUUGAUCAACCUGCUUGAGAUAACAGCUUCAGGAACACCUUAGGACAAAGAAAAUAAAGAAAACAUGGAAUUCAUUUCCAUUUGUUAUUUGUUUGCCAGUGAGGCAUCAGCUAGGUUCAUCAUACCUGAAUGUGGUGAAAACAUAGUGAGGAAUUGUCUGCUUCAUUGUUCUUGAGAAGUAUUUGUUCGUUAAAUGGAGCAAUCAGGGCUCCUUCGUCAGUGAAGUAAAAGAAUUCCUGUAAUCUUAUAAACAUUAAUAGUGAUCCAUUUUCUGGAUUAUGCUA